UGAAGCGCUGCACGCUGAUAACAUUGCAAGUGACAGCUGCAACUGGUAUUCCCGGUCCCGGUCUUCAAAUCAAGGCAGUUGAACUUGGAAUUGGAAUGCUCCAACUUAAGUCUAAAAAAAAUGGCUGCCUUUUUUAAACGGUUAAUCGCUGCCCAGGUUGCAAAGACAACUGGUUUCACCGAAGAAAGCAUUUUGCCUCUGGUGUCUCCGCUUCCUACCUCCAAGAAGAGAGUAGUUACAGAGUAUGGUUUGACUGUGAAACCACUUUUCCAGGAAGAUGAUGCACCAGACGGCUGGCAGUACAGGAAAAGCUUGCAAGAGUUUGCAGAAAAAAUAGCAUCUAAGAUGACCUGCCCGGCUCACGUCCACCACGUCCGUGUUGGGAGCAGUGGGAUGGUUAAGUUUGAAGUGAAUCCAUCUGUGAUGACUCAGAAGGUCUUGGAGCAGGUUCAGACGGAAGCUGACCGGUAUGGGUUGGCUGCAGAACCAUGGACGGACAGGCAAAGACAGAGGGUGAUAGUUGAAUUCAGUUCGCCGAAUAUUGCUAAACCAUUCCACGCUGGUCACCUGAGGUCCACUCUUAUCGGUAACUGCAUUGCUAACCUACACAAUGCCAUGGGCAACGAUGUCAUCAGGAUGAACUAUAUGGGUGAUUGGGGAGUGCAGUUUGGGUUGUUGGGUGUCGGUUUCCAACGAUUUGGAAGCGAGGAGGAACUGGCCAAGAAUCCCAUACAGCAUCUGUUUGACGUGUACGUGCGAGUCAAUGAACAGGCCAAGUCUGACCCUAGCAUUGACCAAGAAGCCCAGGGAUUCAACCGGUCCAUGGAAAAAGGAGAUUCUGGCCUGCUGGACCUGUGGAAGCGAUUCAGAGAUUUAAGCACAGUGGAAUAUUCAGCAAUGUAUCGGAGGUUAGGUGUAACCUUUGAUGAGUAUGCUUGGGAGUCUCAGUAUGGAGAAAAGGCACAUAGCCUCCUAGGGGUCCUCAAAGACAAAGGCCUUCUGCAGCAAUCCGAGGAGGGAACUAGCAUCGUUGACCUCAGUGACCUGAACAUACCCCAGUUUAAGUAUGCCACAGUGAAGAAGAGUGACGGGACCACCCUCUAUUUGACCAGAGACAUUGCAGCUGCCAUUGACCGAUACGAGGCAUAUAGCUUUGAUGGGAUAUACUAUGUCGUGGACAAGAGCCAGGAGGGACAUUUCAGUCAGAUGAAAGGGAUACUGGAGAAGAUGAACCUUGGAGUAGCCAAACGAUGCCAUCACAUCAUGUUUGGGCGUGUGCUUGGAAUGCAGACGAGGACAGGCAACGUUGUUCUGCUGAGAGAUAUCUUAGAUGAAGCCAAGAAUCGAAUGCUGCACAACAUGCAGGAGACAUCAUCGAGCAAGCAGUUGGAUAAUCCCGAGGGGGUGGCGGAGCAGCUCGGAGUGUCCGCAAUGAUUGUCCAGGACCUCAAGGGCAAACUGAUAAACCACUACCACUUUGACUGGAAUCGCAUCCUGACCAGCCAAGGAGAUACGGGGGUCUUCUUGCAGUACACACACGCAAGACUUCAUAGUCUUGAGCAGCUCUCUGGUGUACCCUUGGAUCCAGCCUGUGAUAGCUCAAUUCUGACCGAGCCUGAGGCCACUCUUCUUGCGCAUCAUUUAAGCCUCUUCAGAACUGCCAUCAGCAGAGCGCACUCUGCAAUGGAGCCCAGCCAUCUCACUGUCUACCUACUCCAACUGUGCCAUUUUGCAUCCUCUGCCAUAAAAGUUCUGAGAGUUAAAGACACCGCAAAAAACCAAGCUGAGGCACGGUUGCUACUGUUUAAUUGUGCCAGGCAGGCCCUGGCGAAUGGAAUGAAGAUUCUCGGAAUAGCACCUGUCAACAAAAUGUGAUUUGCUUGCCACAUCAAGAUGUACCAUGUAGCAGGUGAAGGUGUUAUCUUAGGAAUUCACCCGACUCUUUCGAUGAAAAGAUGCCUCAUAUUCCCAUGCCAGAAUUUCUUAAGUGGGAAGAUUGCCAAAAUAGGUUGCAAUGUGCAGUGCUUUUAACCUGUCAAUGUUGCAAUCAAGGUUAAACUUCGAUUUGCACAUUUUUUGUAUGCAACUUGCCCGAUACAAGACCAUCCGGGACCACUCUGUGUCAAGGUUACAGAAGAAAGAAAUAGAAAAGAGAGGUAGAUGAGGAAAAAAGAACGCAUAUCGUGUUCAGUGUGAAAGCUGCUUAUUCACACUGAUAUUUUGUAGGCAUCGAGAAAACAGGACGAAGAGGAAGAAACAUUUAGCAAUAGUUUCAAGGUGCAAUUUUCUACUGUAGUCUAGAGAUGGGAGUGUACAACAUUUGGAGGAAUGCCAGUAACCUCAGAUUGCAUUGAGUUGUAUGUUUGAAAACCUUUUGCCUUUUAUAACUACUAGUAUAAGCAUUUACCCAUGAUGCAAUGGCUUAGACUGAAAAGCAUUUGUUAUAAACGAAAAGUAUUUGCUUUUUACUUUUUCAGUUUUUGGUCUACACCAUUAUUAGUAUUUACUUUGUAGGAAUAAAAUGACAAAGGACAAGGUGUUUAAAUUGUCAAGUGUUUGUAUGCUAUUUGUUGAGAUUGGGUCGUGGCAACCUUUGAAAGGGAUCGCUAAGCAAAUAUUGAAAUGUUGAAAAUGCCAGCAUUUAUGAGUGGAGUUUAGAAUUAUCACAGGGUAUAUGCCCUCCGGAAGGAGGUUUCCAAGCAGAAUCCAAAUACAUGAAAACUUCCAUUUCGUCUCUAACACGUCAUGAUAUUUUACAGAUUUUGCAAAAAUACUUUGCUUGUUUGCUGCAGCGGCAGGCUAACUUCUGUCAUCAAAGAGGUUUCAGCAUCAGAAUUACUCUUAAAGCCUGCCGAACACGAGAGCUGUCUACUGAGCCGAAAACACCAUGCUUGCUUACGUUACCGCG